GUAUAUUAUAUUAGGCAGCAUGGCGGCACUUUACAAAUCUUUGUUGCCGAUUAUUCUCCAGAUUUCGCUCUGUUUCUCCUCAAAACUGAACGCGCCGAAGGUCUUACUCCCGUACUAUUCCACGGUCGCCACGAACUUCACUUUAGAGGCGAGCGAUGGCUGUUUCACUUGGAGGUCAACAAGGCCAGAAGUUGCCACUGUCCAGAUUAUCCCACUGCACCAUGGGAAGGAAUGUUCGAACAAGGCGGUUGUUACGGCGGUGUCCACUCAACCCAACAAACUCACCUCCAUCAUACUGGCUGAGGAACAAGAAACAGGACAGAUGCUGCGCUGUGACGUCAUCGUGGACAGGAUCCACUCUAUCACCGUGGAGACCACCACUCGGGAACUGUACCUGGAGGACUCGCCUGAGUCAUUCGAGAUUAAAGCGCUGGAUGAUGAACUAAAUACCUUCAGCAGCCUGCAGGGAGAGGAGUUUGAUUGGACGUUAGUGAACGACCCUGAAUCAGACGUACCGGCCACUACCAUUCUCAGGAUCCUGCGGUUUGCGGACACUUCCUACGCAGCGCCGCCGGACGUCCUGACUCUGGAGAGCGCGGGGAAGCAGGGGAACGUCGCGCUCGUGGAGGGCAUCAAAACUGGGUCGGCUAAGGUCAACAUCAGACUGAAGGACCCCAUAUACAAGGAUGUGUCCCCAGCAGAGGUUCAGCUGGUGGUGAUUGAUAACCUGCUCCUGAACCCGUCCUACGAUGUGUACCUGGUCCAGGGGCAGCGCAUCAAGUACAGGGUGGAGAGGUUCAGACAGGGCAAGAUCAAUGAGGUGGCCAUGCCUUCCCCCCAGUACAGGUUUGAGUUACAGGGCAGUAACAUCGCUAGUCUGGACAGGGACACCUCCACAGUGACUGCACUGGCCAUGGGCACAACCACUAUCACACUGUACGACAAGAACAUCAAAUUACAGGAAGCUCCCCAUCAUCCAACUGCAGGGAUUCAUGUUGUAGAACCAGGCUCACUCAAAUUUGUCAUCGCGCCUGGAAAAAGCAAUGUUUUAGAGACAGGUCGGGAGUAUGAAGUCACCAUAGAGGUUUACAGCAAGAAUCCACAUAAGAUCUACCCUUCAGAGAACUUGCUGAUAGAAGGCCAUUUUCCAGCGGAGUUUUUCGAGGUUCUUCACUCGUCCCAGAACGGGUCGUACCAUGUGGUGAGGACUGUACAGAAGGGUUUCCCUGACAUCAAGGGGUCCAUGAGGGGCAUCGUCAAAUCUAACGGAGAACCAGACCUCCUCCCCACCCCUGUGGAGGGCUCCCAGUCUGUGGAGAUCUACGACCCCAUCCUCGUCAUCCCGCCAAUCACUGUGUUUCCAUGGGAACCAAGCACCAGACUGACCUAUCAGAAGACCCUGAAGGCUGUAGGAGGAAGCGGUGCGUUCACCUGGUCGUCCUCAGCUGCUGCCAUUGCCACGGUGAACAGCAAGGGGCUGGUAACCACGGCAACCGUGGGCUCCACCGUCAUCACUGCCGCAGACGUCAAGAACACGGCCCACACCGGGCAGGCAAAGGUGUAUGUGUUACCUCCCAGUGAGAUCCAGUUCCUCCCCUCACCAGUUGAAGCUGAGAUAGGCACAACUCUGGAUCUGCCACUGGCUCUGUUUGCAGACCUGGCUCAAAAACCCAGAGUGUUACACCACUAUGAGGACUGCAGACAACUAAAGAUGGACUUCAAGUUCAGUGACAAGGCUGUUUUCCAGCUGGUGGAAGGUGCAACAGCUGUGGAAUCUCCCGUGAACACCAGCUGCAGGGCUGUGCAGGUGAAAGCGUUGACCCAGGGUCACACCCUGCUCACAGCUACAUACAGACAUGCAUCCGUCAGCCUACAGGCUACUGUAACUAUUGCAGCUUACAACCCACUUAAGCCUGUAGACCCAGAGCAGACAGCUGUGGUUGCCAUUGGUUCAUCUAAAGAUGUGGUGUUCCAGGGAGGACCUCUUCCCUGGGUACUGGACACUUCCAAAUAUCACCCCAGAGCACUGGCUGAGAAAGAUGCACUCGUUUCUAUAGACCACGUUCCAUCCUAUGGAGGCCAGAAAAACCUUCACAUUUUCCGAGUGCUGUGUAAAGAUAUUGGGGACCAGACCCUAACAUCUACAGUUGAGAACGGCCCGACCUCGAAGAACCAGUUUCCAGCCUCGGCCAGAGGGACUGUCCACUUCUCCUGUGCAGUCCCCACCUCCCUGCAGCUGUACCCUGUCCUCAGAUACCCCCAGUCAGACCCUCCCUGUCCCAUCACGCCUGAGUCUGGGCAACAGAUUCCAGUCCACAACUAUGAGAACUUGGAUGUGGAUGUUGUGGUCACCGAUGGCAACGGGAGGCACUUUGACAACUUCUCCUCAUUGGCCAUCGCCUGGGAAACCAGUGACCAAUCGCUGGCUGACUUUGCCAGCCCCACCACCACAAUAAGAGAGGUCCAUGGGCAAGGGAAAUACACUGGGCAUAAAGUCCUCACUUCCAUGCAGACGGUUGUGCCCAAGAGAAAGCGAGGUUCUAUGACGAUUACAGGAACCAUAAAAGGCUACAACCAGCGUUUCUUCCAGUACCACGGGAUCAAGAUCGCCACUGAUCUCAGUCCCAGGAUCAGCAGCAGCCUGGACCUCCUAUUGGUGGAUGACGUAAAGCUAGCACCGGAUUCGGUGUCUAUUUUUAACCACCCAUCCAACAAGGUCCAGAUUGUGGUUAGUGGAGGGUCAGGCCACUUCCAUGUGGAGCCCAGUGACGGCAAAAUCUCCCAGGUCUUCUAUAACGACAAAACUAGAAGUAUUGAGGUUGUUCCGGUGGACAACGGAGCCCUGACCUUGACCGUACACGACCUCUGUCUGGAGAUGCCCCGCCCUGCCCGCGCUGUCAUACACAUCUCUGGGGUAGAGGUCAUAGAGGUCAAAAUGGUGGACAAGGUGCAACUCUACAACGUGAUCCGUGCAGAUGUCCGUGUUCUGGACUCCAGCGGGGAGCCUCUCGCGGCGUCAGUUUUUCCCCUGAUGAAUCUCACCCCCCACCCCGCUACUGACAUCAUCAGUGUCAGACCAGACCCGCAGGUUUCGGCUGAUCCAUACACAGUACGAUAUGAAGUGAGAGGUGACACCCUGGGCCACACCACUCUGUCCUUCCAGGCCAGCGCCAAGUCUGGGGAAACCAUCAGUAGUCUGCCCAUGAAUGUACAAGUUUUCCCGCCACUGAAGCUGAGUCCGAGAAACAUCACCCUGAUCAUAGGUGAAGUGUUCCAGGUUGUGGCUAUAGGAGGGCCUCAGCCGCUGGCCGAUAUAGUCUACAGUAUAGGGAACAGGGACAUAGCUACAAUAGACAGGAGUGGGUUGAUAGAAGCUGUGGCAGUCGGUGACACCGUGGUAACAGGAGUGGCUCAGACGGAGGACCCUGAGAGCCGUGCCACUGUCACGUGUUCACAGGACCAGGUGUUGGUGUACGUGGUGAGACUGACGGGAGUGAAGAUACACACUCCGCUCAACAGGAUACAAACUGGGGAAAAGAUGCCGCUGUACGUGAUGGGAGUUAACGAGCACCAGACCCCGUUCACCUUCGGACACUCCGUCCCCGGACUCACCUUCCACUGGUCGCUAGGCAACAAGGACGUGGUGGACCUCCAACCGGUGUACAAGGAGAAUGGUGUGACUCUAUCAGAAGACGAUGCGUACGCGAUGCGCGUCCGGGCUCUGAACCAGGGCCAGACAAACAUCGGACUUCGCGUGAAGUGGUCACCUCGCAGCUAUGACCAGGUGGAGGCUGGUGCAACCCUCACGGACACGGCACACCUGCAUGUGUUUGAGAAACUGCGACUGGUCCACCCGGAGACAGACGGGAGCCUCCUUCUCAUGAGCCCCAAGUCUGUGGGUCAGAUCAGGACUAACAGAGACGGUGCCUGUAAAGUGGUGUACGAGCUGCUGACGUGCCCAGAGGAAGGGUCAGUCGUGGCCGUAGACUCUCAGGGCAGAGUGACCGCCGGGACCGUCACCGGUCAAGCCAACGUCAGGGUCACUGCAUUGGAGGAGUCCGGACUCAAGCAGACCAUCAUUGUCUUGGUCAAGGUGAAGCCGGUGUCCUACAUCACAGUCAACAGUGAAACCGACGUCGCCAGCUACGGGAACAAGCUGUCCGUCAUUCCCGUCGGCAUGACGAUGACCCUCCGUGUCAAUUUCCAUGACAACGUGGGGGAGGAGUUCCACGCCACCAGCGCUGUGCUGAAGAAAAGACCCAACAGGUUUGACUUGACCCAAAUUUCACGAGGACCAGAGAACGGCACCUUUGUUCUGAAGGCAGCACACGUCGGACACACCAUACUGAAGGUUUGGGACGAGGCGAACCCCAGGAUAGCAGACUUCGUCCCAGUUCCCGUGGGCUACGCCAUUAGCCCCGCCCAGGCAACCGUAUCCAGGGGUGAUGUCAUCUGUCUGUCAACUCAACUGGAGCUUAAAGAAGGUUCCCUGGCAAAGUGGGAGACAUCAGACCGCAGGGUAGUGCAGGUAGUGAGUACCACUGGCCUGGCCCUGGCCGCAAACCCUGGUACUACCACUGUUCACUACAGACUGUCUGCAACACAAUCAACACACACGGAGGUGACAGUUGUGCCUGUGGAGGAGGUGCAGAUCCUGACCAAUGGGGUGAAGUUUGUGACGAACGUGCCGCAGCAGGAGCCGUACCUGGUACCAGUGGUGCUGGGGACUGGAAACACCAACCUACAAGGAAACUGUACCAAGGACCUUCUGGCUUCGAUGACUGAUCAGCAAGCCUUCCUUCAGAAGUCUCUCUUCCACUGUGGCCUGCUGUUCUCCUCUGAGCUGACAGAGGUCUCUGCUAGGGAGAUGUUCCUGGCUACUCCAGGGUUCGAUCCAGAAUCAGGUCGCUACUUCUGUCGAGUGAGUCAGGUACAGCAGAACACCCACCAGAUACAGGCUAUGAGCACCGUGGAGACGUCCCUCCAGCUGCAGGUUUUUGUCCAACCUUCAGAUGGCCAGACAGAAGUUAGCUCGCCAAUCGCAAGCCUGAGAUUCUACCCUGCGUUCCACCUGAGUAAGACUGACCUGGUGCUGAGCAACAAGCAGCCGCAGGGAGAGGUCACUGUGUCGGGGGUGUUAGAUGUGCUCAAUAACAUACAGGUAGUUCCCAGUGAUGGCUCCCUGCUGCAUGUAGGCAGCCCUCGUGUGGCUGACUCCACCUACACCAGGGUGGUCUAUCCAAUCAGCUUGCAGGACACACAAUCGCCAUGGAAACGAGACUUGAUUGACACCUCCCUGACCCUGACCUGCAGCCUGACGGGCCAGGUGGUGAAGGUGCCUGUCAGCCUGGUCGCUGAGGCAGUAGAACAAGUGCAGACUCUCCUCAAUAACUAUGGACUGAACCCCUGA